CUAUCCGGCUCGGAUACAGAAAUAAAACUGAACAACAUAGUUCACUAUGCCUAAUGCGUAAAUUAUACAUAACUUCCAAAAUUAUUAAAGUGGAUUAUUUUAAGAAAUGAGUGAAUCGGCUGACGAUGAUCCAGAUGCGCGCUGCGUAAUGUUUUACGGAAUGUAUACCAUAGUCGUUGGAGUCCUUGCCUUGCUGGAGGCGUUGUAUAUAAUGUGUAUAUUCUUUGUAUAUAUGUAUGAUAACAGAGGAGCUAUAAUGGUGUUGGUCGCUUUACUAACCAUUGGUCAUUUGAUUGUCUGCGUGACGUACGUUGUUGCUGGGACUUUGUUGGUGGUCGGAAUGAAAAGGCGCUCAAUAAAGUUAUUUAGAUGUGGAAAAAUUCUAAGCUAUUUCUAUCCAAUUUUUUCCUUCCCUCUCGUAUAUACAAUAAUUGUGCACUUUGUUUGUAUGCCGAAAUUACGCAGGUAUUACGAAAGGACCUGGCACUGAAAAGACCAUAAGAUGAGUCGUUUCUUCGGCCCUAUAAAUCUAUAGUUGUAGUGUAUAAUUCCGGCCAAAUUCUUGGAUAUGGCAAAACCAGGACUUAAUUGUAAUCUAUUAUUAU